AUGACUAAUAAAAUCAUGCUGCUAAUUUACUAUUUGGUGUCUAUCCUACAUAUUUUUACCGAUAUUGUUUUAGCUGGAGAUACUAUAGGAAUAGCCGCUUUGAAAGCCUUGUUGGAAACCCGUUCUCUUCCUGCAAGAGGUGACUGCGAAAAUGAAGGAAAAUGGUACUUCGCAGGUGAUAGAGUGAUGAGUGGGUGGUUGUAUAGAAACGAGUGCCAGUUUGAUAUGAUAUGUGUAAAGGGUGGCUACUUAAGAACAGAGUAUGAGCCUAGCUGUCGAUCUACAACUACACUUCCUACGACAACCCCUCCGCCUACGACAACUCAUGUCCUUACGACAACCCAUCCAACUACGAAAACUAAUCCCCUUACGACAACCCCUCCCCCUACAAGUGGUGAUUGCCAAAAUGAAGGGAAAUGGUACAACGCAGGUGAUAUAAUGAAGAGCGGGUGGAUAUCAGAAAGAUGCAUGUUUGUUGUACGGUGUUUUAAGGGUGGAAACAUCAGAACGAAGUAUCAUGGGUCAAACUGUCAAACAAUAAUACAUGUGGGCUAA